AUGUAUGUUCUGGUAUGGUUGGUUAUGUUGGCAUAUGGGUUUCUAUACGUGCUAAUGUUCGUGUUUCAAGUGUUGCAAGAAGCGAUUUGUAAUGGUGGUUUCUCUGCCUUGGUGGUGGUUAGUAUGGUUGUUAUUGGUGUUGCAAUCCUUUUAGUAAGGAACCUGGUAAAAGAAUUCAAGCCUAAGGUCGUGUAUAUUGCUCUUCAUGGGAAUAACAAUUCCGGUGAUACUCCCAAAAAGAAUUCUGAUCCUAACUCUGGGGAAGGGAGGGUUUGUUUCUCCAGAGAAGCCAAGUUGGAAUUUUUGAAGCAGAAGAGGCUUCAACGGAUGCAAACAUGCACAUUAAAUAAUGACAUUGCAUAUGUGACUAAUUUGAUGUCUAGAAGCAGUGGAGAUGCCUUAAGAGAUCCCGCAUCCUGUGGUGUGAGAUCAUUCAGAAAUCCAGAUAUAUAUGCAAAAUUUGGUAGUGGUCUGAAUGAGAGAGACACCAUCUCAAAACAAAAGAUGGACAAGUUUGACACAACUGAUCUUGAUUGGACUGAUAGCAUGCCAGAAUGUCCAGUAUAUUUCCCAAGUAAAGAAGAGUUCGAGGACCCUUUGGCUUUUCUCCAAAAAAUUGCCCCUGAAGCUUCAAAAUAUGGUAUAUGCAAGAUUGUUUCCCCUUUGAGUGCCUCUGUUCCAGCUGGCAUGGUUUUGAUGAAAGAGAAAGUUGGUUUUAUGUUUACUACAAGGGUGCAUCCUCUUCGUCUUGCUGAGUGGAAUACUGAUGAUAAAGUCACAUUUUUCUUGAGUGGAAGAAACUCAAGCAAACUUGAUGAUAACUCUUUUCUCGAUCUUCUUGGUGAAAAUGCCACUUUAAAAAAGUGUGAGCAUGAUUCUGGGAUCACCAACGCAUUUAUAUCAUCAAUGCUAUGUGCUUCACCGGAUCUAAUACUGCAACAUUUCCUGGAAGUUAUAUCUAUUUCAAAGAAACUAAGAUUAGAAAGGGCAGUUGAUGAUCAAAUCAAAGGGGAUAUAACAAACUCUUCUGAAGCAUUCUCUUGUUUUCUGAAGCAGGCUCCAUUUUAUGUGGUGUUUCCAGCUAUUAUAAGCCCUGGAUGCUUGUAUUUGUCCAAGUCAUCCAACCUUCAGGACUUUCUGUUGGUUAAGCUGUCAAAAGAGAUAUGUCUUGUGAAUAUUACAGGAUUGUCAGAUAUACAAGGGUUGGAACUUGUUUUCCUCAAACUAAAAAAAUCGUCCCAUGCAUCAUCAACAGAACCCUCAUCCGAGCCUCUUCCUGUGUUGUUGUUGCUUCUCUCUCCUUCCUUCGUGCAAACUACACAUCACAUCUCUUUAUCAUUAUUAUUAUAUUCUCUUAAAAUAAAAAGUAAGUGUAUGUAUGUAUGUACCUUGUUAGUGGCAAAAGCUACAGUGUUCCCACAUUCAACAUCUGUUAUUGCUGACCUUGUUGUUCAUCAGUUGGAAUUAAUAACCGAUCUUCUUGGGACACCAUCAACAGAUACCAUUUCUGGAGUAUGA